ACACACACACACGUAAAUCCCCGCAGGGAUGUGAAACUUCACUUAGGACAUGAUGAUUCAGCUGCUUGUGCUUUUUACAUGCAAUAGAUCAGACCUAAUGUCCACCAGUCACAUGAAUUUCAGGAAAUGAUUUCGAAUGAAGCCAUAAAUAAGACCUGGACCAAUCAGAAUCCAGUAGAACUUGGCGUCCUGGUUCAUUUUCUGCUGGUCUCGGCUUCAGAUACUCCACCCACAGCCCACAAAUCAUCUGAUACUCGGGGCCUGUUUACACCGGGUCGUUUAGCUAAACGGAUACGAAUCCGAUCUCCGCGAGACGCGAACGCGGAUCUCUGCCGAGCUGAAAUGGCCGCCGUCGUCGUUUUCCGCUCCGUUCGGGUUUACGAAUGCAGUCGAAAAGAAGGCGAAAAUGCUUGCUACGAGGCUUCCGCAACGAAACGAAGCACUUAUUACGUGCAGCAUUUUCGCUGUCGGAAAGUACUAAACUUUAAAACCCAGCGAGAUACCCGGAUGAAAGCUCCGGAUCGACACUAGUGGGGAAAUAUAGCGCCGGCUUCUUUUUUCAGGACAGGACCGGGCUAUCCGGUUUCGGAUGGGGCGCCGGACCUUCGAUCAUCUUUGUGUCAGCCUGCAAAGCGAUUUAAUGAGGAGGCACACUCCUCUCCCUCAGGUUAUAACGGUCGAUAAGUUGUUUUCGCUUCUGGCGCGGAUAAAGCGCGUGACGGACUUCCGUUUGGGAGGAGAAAAGCGCUGACGAUCGCAUUCAGACCUGCAUGUUUUUCACACGGCUGUGGUCGGUUGUUUGCGAUGUCACUCAAACGGCCUCUUCUUCCAAGUAGUUAAUACCCAUCAAAGCGGGUAGGGUUUUAAACCUCGUCUAAAAACGGUCAAAACCUUGUGACCUACCGAGUCGCAACUAUUUUUCGGCAAGGGUAUCUGUAGCGUAGUGGUCAACACGCUCACCUCACCCGCGAGAGGUCCCCGAAACCAGCCGCAAACGUGUGGUUACUUGUAGAGAAGUAGUGGCUCAGUGGUUUCCGAUCAGAAAGUUGGGAUUCAAGCCUCACUGUUGCCAAACUUUCACCGUUGGGCACUCGAGCAAGGCCCUUGACCCUUUCUGCUCCCGGGGCACCAUAUCACGGCUGGCUCAGUGGAUAAAAACAUCGGACUACCAAUCAGAAGGUUGUGAUCCUACAAAUUCGUCUAGUUUAAAAAAAAAAAAAAAAUGUUGAAAAAAGAAAAACGCGGCAAAAUCGAAACAUUUCGACCGGAACAAUCGCAAAAAUAAAAGCUCCUGUGAAAUUCUGUACGGCCUGAUGAUACUACUGGACCUUCACAAUCCUUCAUUUAUCAGCACUGGGGGAACGGCUGUGAAUGGACUUUACGCUGACGCACACACAGGUAAACCAUCAUGAUUCCCGUAACCGAGUUGCGUUAUUUUGCCGAGACACAGCCGGCGUACCGGAUCCUGAAGCCAUGGUGGGACGUUUUCACCGACUACAUUUCCAUCGUCAUGCUGAUGAUCGCCGUGUUCGGGGGCACACUGCAGGUGACCCAAGACAAGAUGAUCUGCCUGCCAUGCAAGUGGGUGGUAGAUGGACGCUGCGAGCCACUAAACACCAGCAGCACCGUCCCUCGGCCGGAGCCGCGCGGCAUCCAGUACGAGCUGGACCGGCACCAGUACAACUACGUGGACGCCGUGUGCUACGAGCACAAACUGCACUGGUUCGCCAAGUACUUCCCGUACCUGGUGCUGCUUCACACGCUGGUGUUACUGGCAUGCAGCAACUUUUGGUUCAAGUUCCCGCGCACCAGCUCUAAGCUCGAGCAUUUCGUCUCCAUCCUGCUCAAGUGCUUCGACUCGCCGUGGACCACGCGCGCCUUAUCCGAGACGGUGGCCGAAGAAAACGACCCCAAGGCGGCGGGCAAAAACGACGAUCUGAACGACGCGAACGAGAAGAAGAAGGCGUCGAGCGUGAGCGAUCAGGACGUGGAGGCCAGCAUACCCAUGCUGCAGCGCACCAAGUCACGCAUCGAACAAGGCAUCGUCGAUCGCUCGGAGACCGGAGUACUGGACAAGAAAGAGGGAGAGCAGGCCAAGGCACUUUUUGAGAAGGUAAAGAAGUUCCGCAUCCACGUGGAGGAGGGUGACAUCGUCUACCGCCUCUACAUCCGCCAGACCAUCAUCAAAGUCAUCAAGUUCGUUCUGAUCAUCAGCUACACGGCGUACUACGUGCAGUUCAUCACGUUUGACAUCAAGUGCAAAGUAGACAUCGAAAGGCUCACGGGCUACCGGAUGUACUACUGCGCACACCCACUGGCCACCCUGUUCAAGAUCCUGGCCUGGUUCUACAUCUCGCUGGUCAUCAUCUACGGCCUGAUCUGCAUGUACACGCUGUGCUGGAUGCUGGGCCGCUCGCUCAAGCUCUACUCGUUCGAGUCGAUCCGCGAGGAGAGCAGCUACAGCGACAUCCCCGACGUCAAGAACGACUUCGCCUUCAUGCUGCACAUGAUCGACCAGUACGACCCGCUGUACUCGAAGCGCUUCGCCGUCUUUCUGUCCGAGGUGAGCGAGAACAAGCUGCGCCAGCUCAACCUUAACAACGAGUGGACGCUGGAGAAGCUUCGGCAGAGGAUCACCAAGAAUUCACAAGACAAGCUGGAGCUGCAUCUGUUCAUGCUCAGCGGCAUUCCAGACACCGUGUUCGACCUGCUAGAGCUUGAGGUGCUGAAAUUGGAGCUGAUCCCAGACGUCACCAUUCCACCCAUCAUCGCCCAGCUGGCCAGUCUGAGGGAGCUGUGGCUGUACCAUACACCAGCCAAGAUCGAGGCUCCUGCUCUGGCCUUUCUACGCGAGAACCUCAAAUCGCUGCACAUCAAGUUCACGGACAUCAAGGAGAUUCCGCUAUGGAUCUACAGCCUGAAGAACCUGAGCGAGCUCCACCUCACUGGCAACCUGAGCGCCGAAAAUAACCGUUACAUCGUGAUCGACGGUCUCCGGGAGCUCAAGAGGCUCAAGGUGCUACGGCUGAAGAGCAACCUCACCAAGCUGCCUCAAGUGGUGACAGAUGUGGGCGUGCAUCUGCAGAAGCUCUCCAUCAAUAACGAGGGCACCAAGCUGAUGGUGCUCAACAGUCUGAAAAAGAUGGUGAACCUGACGGAGCUGGAGCUGGUGCGUUGCGACCUGGAGCGCAUCCCCCAUUCCAUUUUCAGCCUCCACAACCUACAGGAGAUCGACCUGAAGGACAACAAUCUAAAGACAAUCGAGGAGAUCAUCAGCUUCCAGCACCUGCACCGGCUGGUGUGUCUGAAGCUCUGGUACAAUCAGAUCGCCUACAUCCCCAUCCAGAUCGGCACGCUCACCAACCUCGAGCGACUCUACCUGAACCGCAACAAGAUCGACAAGAUCCCCAGCCAGCUGUUCUUCUGCCGCAAGCUACGCUUCCUCGACCUGAGCUACAACAACCUGAACGGUAUCCACCCCGACAUCGGACUGCUGCAGAACCUGCAGUACUUUGCUGUUACUGCAAACAGGAUCGAGACAUUACCGCCUGAGCUGUUCCAGUGCAAGAAGCUUCGGACGCUGAACCUGGGGAACAACUGCCUGACCGCACUGCCAUCGCGUUUCGGAGAGCUCACGUCUCUGACCCAGCUGGAGCUGCGCGGUAAUCGGCUAGAAGGCCUGCCGGUGGAGCUGGGCGAGUGCCGCAUGCUGAAACGCUCGGGCCUGGUGGUGGAGGAAGAGCUCUUCAAAACACUUUCUCAAGAAGUCAAGGAGCAGCUGUGGAGAGCUGACAAGGAGCAAGUCUGAGACUGAAAGACAAGGGAUGAGAAGAGAGCGAGAAGAGAGCGAGAAGGGAGGCUGCGAGAAACUCUCUUAUUUUAAUGUUGUUUUUUUAGUGUUUUUUUUUUUUAUAUAUAUAUAUUUAGUGGAAUACAAGGUUGAUCCUUGCACAAAGCCAAGAAGAGAGGAAUGAGGAAGUGGAAUUAUGGAAUGAAAGUGGGACAGGACUAGUCCUGUGUACACACACACACACACACACACACACACACACACACACACACACACAGGCCAGUACAUGCAAACUAUAAGCUAAGCUGCAUGCAAACUCCGUGCUAAAUCACAUAAAGACUUAAAGCUUGAUGGAAAGGAGACACACACAGAUGCAAAACCAAAUGACUCAAACACACUCCGCCCCCGAACGUAAUGAAGGACUUUUGUUUAUAUACGUGCUCGAGACGUAGUCGAGCGGUCACCAAAAACGAAAAGGAGGGACGAUGUAGUGUUCUAACGUCAGCGUCUCUGUCGUCAAGACAACUGUCCCGCACUAUCAUUGCCUUAACUCCUUAGAACAAGGAUCUAUCUGAGGAUUUUAUUUUGCCAAAAAAAAUAAAGUGGACAAAUGCAAACUGAAGUGUUUGUAUGAGACAGUUAUGUGCAUUAAUGUUUUGUUUGAGCAUUAACAGUUAUUUUAUUUUUGUUUAAACAGUCUUUGUUAUGUCCCUAGGAUUAUGCUAAUAAAUGAUUCUAGACACGA